AUGGGCAGCUGGACCUUCGAGGAGCUGCCUGGUGGACUUAGCUCGCUCGCAGACAAAAACACCGCCCGGCUCCUCGAGAAGUGGGACCUCGCCGCAAAUAGCCAGGCGGCGCGCUUCCGCUACUCUGCUCCGUUCGAGGCCGGCGAGCUCGACGCCUUUGUGACCGCCUUCUUCAACUCGAACACGGUUCAGGCCGCAGCGCCGGUGCGUGCCGGCACUCGACGGUCAUCGGCCGCUUGGGUGCAACUGGGUAGAGUAGACGCCGUCGAGUGCGAGCGCCUCUCGACCACGGUCGUGCGGAGAGAUAUUUUUGACCGGCUCGAGGAGCGUGGGAUCGUGCGCGGCGGGUCUAUUGCGCGGUGCAUGGACGUGCCCUGUGGCGAGAUGGUGAUUGCUUCCGACCUGCUGCGGCUCAUGCUGCUCGACGAGGGCAGCGAGGAGUGGGCCACGUACAGCGACGGCGAGAGGCGAGAGCUCAUCUUCCACCUCUUCCGGAUCCUAGCCGUCGGUGGCGGCCUCAACCAGUGGGAGGACGACAUUGCUCCGUACAUUGACAUGACAACCGCGCUGUACAAGGACAUGGUCGCCGUGCACAAGGACGCUCGCGGCAGCCUAGCCGUCCGCUCCGUGGUGUUGCGCGUCCUUUCUGUGGAGGGAUCGGCUCCACUCUUCCCCUCCCCCUCCUCCCACCACCGCUGCCUGCUCGCCAUUGACCCUCUUCUACGCCACGUCACCCUCUUCUACCAUGCCUUCUACCCGAUGAUGUGA